AUGCCAGAUCCGAGCGGAGCGGCAACACAAGGUGGUGGACUGUUGGGGAAGUGGAUGGAGGAAUUAUUGAAGAAUGGGGGAAAAACUCUGACCACUCCUGAAAAAAUUACGGUAACUGAAGUAUGCAUGAAAAACGAAAACGAAAAUUUCUGCAACCGCUUGCAAUGUGCAAAAAAUUAUUGGCAAUUGACGGAAGGACAGAGCGGCAACAGCAACGAUAAUUUCUGGAAGGAACGCGUCGAACCCGAACUUGCGAAAGUCCUUCCUGCUGCGACUACGAAUGAUAGUGCCAGCACGCAUGCCUAUUGCAAGGACAAUUCUAUGGACAGCGCAAACAGAGCAGCAUGCCAACUCAUUUCUUCCAAAUUAGAACAAAUGUACCAAAAUUCAAAUGGGAGUGCUGAUCCUAAGAACUAUUCUGAUCAAAUUAUAAAAUGUGUUCUUUUAAGAGAAUAUGCUAAAAAAUUAAAAGAAAAAGCAAAAGAAGGAGGGUUCUGUAGCAUAGAUGAAGGAAUAAAGAAGGCAUUCGAAAAUGCUAGGAAUGGUAAGAGUGUCCCUUGCCAAUGGAAUGAAGGCGAAUAUGAAAAUUGCUCCAUUACCACAAGUGGCUCCAGCCAAAAUGAGGAAGUAAAGGAAAAAGUGAAAACACUGUUCAACAGCAAGGAAGAAACGCAGGACACCGGAAUACAGAAAACCUUGGCUAAGUUCAAUGAGAACAAUUCCUUAUGUGAACGAGUAAAAUGUGCAGCGCAUUGGUGGGAAGAAAACAACAAGACCACGGGAAAGAAUUUCUGGGAUAACGGCGUCAAACCUGAACUGGAAAAACUCUUCAAAAAUAUGACUACUACUAAUAGUAGUAGUUUGACCACAUAUUGCAGUUCAGUCGGGAAGGAAGGUAGUGCAGGAAGAGAGGCAUGCCUCCUCUUUGCAGAAGGAUUAGAAUACAUGUACAAAAGUACAAAUGAUAGCGGCAACGCUGCAGAAGCAUCGUUCAAACGAACCAUGAUGUGCGCAGUACUAAAUGCAUACGCCAAAAAAGUGAAAGAAUAUGCAAAGAAGAAAGGGAGCUGUGAAAUAAAUGGGGGCAUAGAUCACGCUCUUGGUAAAGGUAAAGACAUUAUGAAUAAUGCAGCAUCUUCAUGCGGAACUGGUACUAACGCUGCUAAUUGUUUUGAGUGUACACAGGACGAACAAUUUGAUAGUUGCUCAAUUAAAACAGCUGGUGGCAAAACUGAGAAUGUGAAGAACAAAUUGGAAGGAAUGCUGGACAAUGACACAACAGGACUGAAGGAAUCUCUGGACAAAAUAUGUGGUGGUCAAUGUAAGGACACAAAGGGUUUGUGUGGUCGUGUAGAAUGUGUAAAGAAGCAGUGGCUUGAAGACAGGGGGACAUCCUCAAACGAGAAUGAAAUGUGGACCGAAGUCCAAAAGGAAGUCACCAAGCUUGACAGCGCCCUUUCUGACAAUGGGGGAAGCGACGGCGACGUAGACAGUCUGUGUGCUGCCGUUACAUGUACCAAUGGUGCAACGGAUUGCGUAAGCAAAAGAACAUGCAAAAGUAUGGUUAAAUCAUUGAAGGACAUACAUCAAAUGAAGGAGAACGGAUCCGGUUCUGAGGGGGCCAAAUUGAAUGACCGAAUAUUUCGUUCUACCAUGCGUUGUGUAGCACUCAAUGCAUUGGCAGAAAAAUUAAAACAACAUGCAAAACAGGGUGGUUAUGCUUGCGCUGUGGAGAAAGGUAUAAAGGGGGCCUUUGCUGCAGCCGGGAAGGAAGAAAAUCGCAAGAAGUGGUGUAAUGAUAAUGGUAAGGGGGAUGGUUCCUGUGAAGAAUGUAAGGAACAGAAGUGUAUCAGUUCCACAAUUGAGAACAAGAACUUGUUGGAUGAAGUAAUGAAAAAGUUAAACGAUGGCACCACCAACACCAACAUACAAUUCACAUUGUCCGAAAUAAAAAGGAAGGUCACUUUAUGUGAUCGUCUCCAAUGUUUAGCAUCUCGAGUUCAGCUGACCAUGGGAAACAACCGUGCGGACGACUUCUGGGGGAAGGAAGGCGGCGAAGUCGCCAAACUAUGGAAAGAAUUGUCACAAGCAAUGACAGAUAAUGGGGGUCAAGACAAAGGAGGUCAAUGUGGGACAAUGGAUGAUGGCAGUGGCGCUGCCAAUGGCAGACCUGCUACUGACCCUGAAAGGAAGGCAUGCAAUUAUUUGCAUGCCGGUUUUGAACGACUGAAGACAACUCCAAAGAAUGGAACUUCAACUUACCCCAUUCUGUCGACCAACCCACUGUUAAGACAAACAGUGGGUUGUUUACUCCUGAAGGAAUAUGCAAAAAAAAUGAAGGGUAAAUCCACAUGCGUCAUUGAUUCGGGUAUAGAGAAGGCAUUUAAGGAAUGGAAUGAAAAAAUUAAUAAAUCUAAUGGACAAUGCAAGGACGGUAGUGCUUGCAUUGAAUGUAAAUGGGAUGAUAACAGCACUGACACUUGCCCAAUUGCCACAAGUGGCAGCACCAAAGAGAGUGCAAAGGAAAAAUUAAAAACAAUACUACCUCCUGACGAUGACCAAAUCCUAACUACCACCCUAACUAAAAUAAACCAUAUGGAUAAGUUAUGCGAUUACAUUAAAUGUGCUGCCCCCAAUUGGUUCAAAAGCAAACUGCCCACAACCGCGACUGGAGUUGGUAGUAGUGGUACUCCUGGUACUCCAACCAAAACUUGGUGUGACUUUUGGGGGGAGGAAGGCGUCAAAAAAAUAUUGCAGGAUAUGUUCCAACAAAUCGAGGAGAAUGGAAAAGGCAAACCUAAUAGAACAAUAUGUCAACACUUUGGUGAUGGUAAUGAACAUAGUGUUGAAAGAAAAGCUUGUAAUUAUAUCAUAGCAGGUUUAAAAUACGUUAAUGAUAUUAAGCCUAAUGGUAGUGUUGGUAAAGACAACCCACUGCUCCAUCGAGCAGUGGGUUGUAUUGCUCUUAACCUUUACGCUGAUCAAAUAAUAGAAGGAUCGCAAGAGAAAUGUCCCAUUCAUGAAUCUAAAAUAGAAAAAAUGUUUAUUCUUGGGAAUGCAAUUAAUAAUAAUUCGUGCUUGACCUCCGGUAGUGGUAGUAAUAAUAAUGUUUGUUUUGAAUGCACAAGGUAUAAAGACUUUAAGAAUUGCGACCUCCUGGUUGAUAAAGACUUAAUUGGAUCAACAGCAUCAGGUGGAAGUUCACCCUGCAAUAACGACAACGACAAAAAUAAGGAAGUCCCAACCCAAAUGAAAGAACUCCUCGAUAAAGAAUCCAAUGUGGAGGGAACAUUAUCCACCAUAAAUAAAAUGACUACUUUCUGUUCUGAACUCCAAUGUGCAGCAAAGAAAUGGAACACGACCAGAGGCCAAACUGGAACACCAUCAUGGGAUGAAAUAAAGGUUGUCCUUCAGGACGAAUUAGAGAAACUUCUAAAAGGUAUGAACGACACUACUAAUCAGGUGAAUGUUUCUGCACAAUGCGACAGUGUCAGUUCUUCGUCGCCAAACGACACAAAAGGAGAAAUAACUGCAAAGCAAAAAGCUUGUAAGCUUUUUGCUUCAGGUUUAAAACACAUUUCUGAUAUUAAGGACGACACCCAAAACGCUGAUGGACCACUUAAAAGAACUAUGAUGUGCGCAGCACUUAAUCUUUAUGCUGAUCAAUUAAUAAAAAAAGCAGAAAAUCAAUGUCCCCUAGAUAAUAAAAAAUUGGAUCAGGCAAUAGAACACGCUUUUCAACAAUAUAAUGCCACUAUGAAGAAUGGAACACCUCCUUCAUGUCCAUCUGGUAGUACAAAUUCUUGUUUUAUUUGCAACAGAGGAAAAGAUUUUCACAAUUGCCGAAUUGGCAACAAUCCCAAAGACAAAGUAAAGGACAAAAUGGAAGGUCUUCUCGAAGAAAGAGACCAAUCCAACCCCAACAGCAAUAAGGAAAAAACACUAGAGAAAAUAAAUCAGAUCGAAACUUUCUGUACUCAAGUUCAAUGUGCAAUCAAACAACACUACCGAGCCAAAAAUGGACAAACACUUCCAAAUGGAACAGAACCAUCUUGGAAAAACAUCGAAGAUGACGCCAUGCAUGAAUUAAAAGAACUUCUAGAAGAUAUGAUGCAACCUUCGAAGCAGAAGGACGUUGAACAAUACUGCAGUGACAACGACGCUCAUUGGUACAGAUAUGGCCAUAAGAAAAGCAAAACAAAUAAAGCAGCUUGUUUACUUUUUGCUUCAGGAUUAAAGCACAUUUAUGGCCACGUUAAUGCCCGUGUUAAGGGCCCUUUUAAGGGCCCAUCGUUUGAACAAACGAUGGGUUGCUUAUUUCUUAAAGAAUAUGCAAAACAAUUGCAAACAAUGGCAAAUGAGAAGAAAAAAGGACAUAGUUGGGUACAUCCUCUUUGUGAAAUAGAUAAGGGCAUAAAACAUGCUUUUAAUGGAAGUGAAAAAAUUAUGAAGAGUGUAUUAUCUGAAUGCAGCAGUGGUCCUAAUGGUAUUUCUUGUUUUGUGUGCACACAAAACGAAAACGAUUAUAAAGAUUGUUCCAUUGGCUCUGAGAAAGUACAGGACAAAGUGAAACCAAUGUUCGAAGACGAUCUAACGAAACAAACCCAUUUGCAACAAACAUUAGAGAAUACAGUCUGUCCCAUCCUUCUUACGGAUCUCCUUACCCCUUUUCUUCCAUUGGCUCCUGUCUCCAUUGGCCUUUCUGCUAUGGCUUAUUACCUUUGGAAGUAUUUUGGUCCUCUUGGUAAAGGAGGAGCACGUUUCCGAAGAUCUCCUGCUGAAAUACGCGGUCCAUCCGUACAAGAACAAGUCCUCGAUCAUGUGCAAGAAGCCGGUUCACAUGAAUAUCGAUUAGUGAAGGAACGAAAACCUCGUUCUGCUGCAACGAGAACGAAACGUUCUGGUCCCGUGAAUCGUCGCACGAUUAUUGAAAUUCAUUUUGAAGUAUUGGACGAAUGUCAAAAAGGGGACACACAAUUGAACCAGAAGGAUUUUCUGGAACUUUUGGUUCGAGAGUUCAUGGGAUCGGAAUUUAUGGAAGAAGAACAGGUUCCUAAGGAAGACGUUUUUAUGGAAGGUGUUCCAAUGGAACUUGUUCCCAUUGAAGAGGUUCCAAGUUUAGGUUCCGGGUUACUGGUUUAA